AUGUCGAAUAGCUCAGAUGAGUUCUAUGACGAGUGCUUGUAUCAGCCGCAAAUAUUUCUGGAAUGGAAGAUGUGUUUCGUUGGCUGUUUAGGCUUGGCCACCGCUUUGAUUAGUGUCAUACACAACUCACUACUUUUCUACACUUUUGUAUUUUCAAAGGUGCUCCGCAAAAGGCAUCUCACCUAUUUGAUGUGGAUAUCGGGUUGUGAUAUAUUUGUUUCAAUCAGUUAUAUUGCGAUUAUGUGUGUACAGGUAUAUAUAGACUACUUCGAGUCCUUAACAUUGUUUUUUCUCUGGCAUCAUUAUUUGCGUGCAGCUUUUACAAUCUCGCACAUUACCAUAAGUACCGUAUCUUUUCUGCUCAUGGCGGCUACCAUAGAGAGAUAUCUGCACAGUACAAGUGAUAGCAAGACUGGAGGUCUAUUCUAUCUGCUUUCACGGCAUCGUGCACCUGUUGUUGUAAUCUGUUUCGCUGCCAGCUGUGUUUUCAGAGGAACAAUUUUCUUCGAAGUAAAACUACAACAUGUUUCACAAUGUGAAGGCUUUUCAAGUAUGAGCUUAGCAUCAUCAAGGUUGUUUGCGAAUCCACUCUAUGAUGAGAUUUGGAGAUUUUGGAUUCGCAAGAUUGUCACUGUCAUUGUGCCUUUCGUUGCACUAGCUUGGUUCAAUCUCGCUAUUGUGCUGAACGUUCGCAAAAGUGAUCGUGAUCAAACCGUCAAGGCCUUGGUGAUGUUCACAACUGUGGGCACUAGAGCUGAAGUAACAAAACUUCGAUCACGUCUUCGAACUGUCACUAGAAUGCUUGUGAUGGUGGUUUGCUGCUAUCUUGCUGCCAAUAUCAUCGAUGUUGUCAUCGCUUUUUGGGAGACGAUUGACAUGGAUUCUUUGAAUGCUAAUGAAGGAUUCUACGCUGUGACGACGGAUAUCUCAUCUUUUUUGCCAAUCUUGGCUUGUUCAAUGCGUCCACCAAUUUAUGUGAUUAAUGACAAGCAGAUUCGUAGUGAGGUUUUCCGGAAAGUACGAGAUCUCCAAAAUCGCUUCUGCAGUUGUUGUCCACUUAUUGGACGAGCACUACGAUUACAAAAGAAAUUCCAUGAGGUUGAGCACGAAAACGAAAAACUCGUUAUUGCAUCCCCACAACCGAAAAUUUCCACGAAUAGUACAGAGCCUUCGUUCAGUCAUGGAGGAGGAAUAGGUGCACUCAUCAUGGCCAGAUGUAGUUUGGCCACGUCGGAGCAGCGCCGUCAGUUGAAACAGUUUGGAGAAAGUGUGGAUGUUUGAAAUGUUAAUUAAAUACGCUCAACAGUUAUGUCAAACCAGACUCUUUGUUGUAGAAAAGAGAGGAAGAACCAAAGUCAUCUUCAGCUCUGAAAUUUUUCUGGAAUGGCUUCUUAUAUAUUUCGAGAUUAAUUGAUAUGAGAAUGUCAAUGUCACUACGUGUCUCUGCCAUUCAAUGACAAUUUUGUACUCAGUACUUUACGUGUUGUUAAGGUUUUCCUAAUAAUUAUCCCAUUAUUUUGCUAAAUGUAAGG